AUGGCUCGUUGGCUUUCAUUCUUUGCCGAAUAUAACUUCGAGGUAAAGUACAAGCCAGGUAAGCAAAACGCUUUGGCUGAUGCGCUAUCGCGUCGACCUGACUAUAAGCUUGCUCAUGUUACGACCCUGUCGUCGUCAGUCCCUGACUUAAUUCGUGCGGCAUAUGCCAAGGACGAUCAGUGUGUAGCUUUGCUACGUGCUCUUGGGAGCGAUGAGUUUAAAGACUCGGACAUAGAAUUGUCGGCACGUUUACGUGCGAGGCUACAUCGAUAUUCCAUCGAUAAUGGCCUGUUGUGCUAUCGCACGGAUAUUGAGGACAACCCUCGUAUCGUAGUACCUCAUGAUGAGGAAUUAAAGUAUCGGAUCCUCUAUGAGGCACAUGAUACUGCUUUAAGUGGUCAUCUCGGUCGUGAGAAGACUUAUAGCUCGGUGAGCCAGAGUUAUUGGUGGCCCAAACUCUAUAAGUGGGUGCGCACCUAUGUGCGUACGUGCGAAACGUGUCAACGGGUAAAACCCUCGGCACAUGCGGCGGCGCCGUUGGCUAGUUUGCCGGUGCCCAGUGGUUGUUGGGAGUCCAUGAGCAUGGAUUUCGUGUUUGGCCUACCGAAAGAUUCGGAAGGCAACACUGGUAUUGUGGUCUUUGUUGACCGAUUGAGCAAGAUGGCUCACUUAGCGGCUGUGCCGGAUAGCAUUGAUGCGGAAGGUACAGCAAAGCUGUUUAUCGACCGUGUCUUUCGCCAACAUGGCUUGCCUGUGGCAAUUAUCUCUGAUAGAGACCCCCGCUUCACUGGGAAGUUUUGGAAGUCUAUCUUCAAGGUGCUUGGCACUCGGUUGGACAUGUCCACAGCGGAUCAUAUGCAGACCGACGGUCAAACUGAGCGUGUAAACCGCGUCAUCAACGACAUUUUGCGCAGUGUUUGCGCUGAUACGCCUAGGCGUUGGAGCUCAAUGCUCCCUAUUGUUGAGUUUGCGUUGAAUAACGCUGUUCAUGCCUCAACAGGCUUUACUCCGUUCUAUAUAAACGGUCUCACUCACCCUCGCGUUCCGUUAACGCUAUCACUACGUGAAUCAGGGCUUGGUGGGGGGAGAGGUUGCCGAUCGGCUUGCUGA